GUGUGUGUGUGUGUGUGUGUGUGUGUGUGGUGUGUGUGUGUGCAUUGCGCGCAACCAGCCACGACAAACGUCUGUUGUGCGUGUUUGUGCAGAAGACGGGGAAAGCUGAAAUCAGUCGAUGACACGACGACUGUGGAGAUGUGGCAGCCCAAACUCGCUUCUUGCUUGCACGCUUCUUCUUCUUCUUCUUGUUCUCUUUGGUGCAGUGCACACAACGAGGGAAGGCGUCACGUCAACGAUCCUCAGGUUAGCCAACACACACCAUGCCCGCUGUCCCUUCCUCGACUUCUGCUUCUUGUUCUUGUUCUUGUUCUUGUUCUUCUUCUUCUUGGGCACUAUUCGUUCGCUCCAUGCGUCACGCAACCAAUGGCCUGCAGAAACCUAACGACGCUCUUGAGAGUGCACUGGCAACACUUGCCGCUGAUAUACGCAUACCACAAGGCAAGCGACAAGCAGUGUCAUUCACGGCCACCUGCGAGACAGGAAUCCGCAAGUGAGAGUGGCGGAGACCAAGGCACCAGCAAUACAGAAGGCCACCUUUGAGUGGGACGCACCUCCAGAGCGGUACCGGAGCGAGCAAUCACAGCAUUUGCGCUGACAUCGGUCAGUCUUCUCUCGUGGUCACACAUCAUUCAUCCCCCAG